AUGUUGGACAAAAUGACAAGAGUCAUUUUGAUUAUAUGUUUUAUAGGAUUAAUCGGACAAUGUUAUUGCGAAGAAAGUCCUAGUGAUGAUGUGGAAACAGUUACUGUAGAACCUGAUUUAGGAGCCAGUAGGGAGGCCCUAAGAACUGAUGAUAAUGUUGUUCAAAGAGAAGAGGAAGCUAUUAAACUGGAUGGUCUCAAUGUUGCACAAAUCAAGGAAUUACGAGAAAAAGCAGAAAAAUUUCACUUCCAAGCAGAAGUUAAUAGAAUGAUGAAAUUAAUUAUAAAUUCUCUUUAUAGAAAUAAAGAAAUUUUCUUGAGAGAACUUAUAUCGAAUGCUGCUGAUGCAUUGGAUAAAAUCAGAUUGUUGUCUUUGACAGAUAAAUCAGUUUUAGAUUCUAAUCCAGAAUUAGGAAUACGAUUAAAGGCUGACAAAGACAAUCACAUACUUCAUAUAAUCGAUAGUGGGAUUGGUAUGACAAAAAAAGAUCUUAUUAAUAACUUGGGUACAAUUGCUAAAUCAGGUACAGCUGAAUUUUUGGCCAAAAUGCAGGAAGCUCGCUCGACAGCUGAUUUUAAUGAUAUGAUUGGUCAAUUUGGUGUUGGUUUCUACUCUGCUUUUCUCGUUGCUGACAGAGUUGUAGUAACCACAAAACAUAAUGAUGAUACUCAGCAUAUAUGGGAAUCAGAUGCUGAAAGUUUUAGCAUUGUUGAAGAUCCUCGUGGAAACACUCUUAAACGUGGAUCACAAAUUAGUUUGCAUUUAAAAGAAGAAGCCUAUGAUUUCCUGGAAGAAGAUACAUUAAAAAAUCUAGUCAAAAAAUAUUCUCAAUUUAUAAAUUUCCCUAUUUCACUUUGGUGCAGUAAAGUUGUUAAAAUUGAAGAGCCCAUAGAAGAAAUGGAAGAAGCAAAGGAUGAAUCUAAAUCAGAUGAUGUUGCAGUUGAAGAUGAAAAAGAGGAAAAACCUGGUAGUAAAACAGUUGAUAAAACAGUUUGGAACUGGGAAGUUUUAAAUGAUUCCAAACCGAUUUGGACUAGAAAACCAGCAGAAAUAGAAGAAUCGGAAUAUGUCAACUUUUACAAAAGCCUUACAAAAGAUUCAUCUGAACCCAUGGCCAAAUCUCACUUUGUUGCUGAAGGAGAAGUUACUUUUAAGUCUUUGCUUUUUGUUCCUCCUAAUCAACCUUCAGAAUCAUUUAGUAAAUACGGAUCAAAAUCUGAUAACAUCAAGUUAUACGUUCGAAGAGUGUUUAUUACCGAUGAAUUCAAUGACAUGAUGCCCAAUUAUUUGGCGUUUAUUCAGGGAGUUGUGGAUUCUGAUGAUUUACCAUUGAAUGUUUCAAGAGAAACGUUACAACAACACAAGUUAAUUAAGAUAAUUAAGAAAAAAUUGGUUCGAAAAGCUUUGGAUAUGAUAAAAUCCAUUAAAAAGGAAGAUUAUGAAAAAUUCUGGAAAGAAUAUUCUACGAAUAUUAAACUUGGAGUAAUCGAAGAUUCGUCCAACAGAACCAGACUUGCUAAAUUGUUAAUGUUUCAAUCAUCAGCAGUAGACGGAAUGACAUCACUUGCUGAUUACGUUUCUCGAAUGAAACCAAAUCAGAAACAUAUUUACUACAUCGCUGGCGCUAGUAGAAAAGAGGUUGAAAAAUCACCUUUCGUCGAAAGACUAUUGAAGAAAGGUUUAGAAGUUUUAUAUUUGGUAGAAGCUGUGGACGAGUAUUGUUUGUCUGCCAUUCCCGAAUUCGAUGGUAAAAGGUUUCAGAAUGUGGCAAAAGAAGAUUUCACUUUGCCAGACGACAAAGGCAAUCGUAAACAUUUGGCAGAAAAAUUCGAACCUUUGCUUAACUGGUUGUCAAAAACGGCGUUAAAAGAUCAAAUAUCAAAAGCUUUAAUUUCUGAAAGGCUAUCAGAUUCCCCAUGUGCACUCGUGGCAUCCGUUUUCGGUUGGACCGGAAACAUGGAAAGAUUAGCUUUAUCGAAUGCUCAUCAAAAAUCAAGCGACGUUCAGAGAAGUUAUUACUUGAAUCAAAAGAAAGCAUUAGAAAUAAAUCCCAGGCAUCCGCUCAUACAAGAAUUACUGAGAAGAGUUGCCGAUGACGAAAGCGAUAAAACAGCUCAAGACAUUGCUCUCAUGAUGUUCAGAACAGCCACGUUACGAUCGGGUUACAUGCUUCAAGAAACAUCAGAAUUUGCUGAAAGCGUUGAAACACUCAUGAGGAAAACGCUUGGAGUUCCUCUAGAUGCCGAGCCUGAAGACGAAGAAGAAGAUGACUCGGAUAUUCGCGAACAAGAUGACGUUAAAGAACAAGAAGCCGACGUCGAACACGAUGAACUUUAA